CGUUCUGUGAUAGAACUGUCAGUGUCAGAUGGGAAAGGUUAUAUCGGUUAUGUCAGUUGUUUAUUGCCUAUAUAAUUCGUCUAGAUUGAUGAUGCUUUUUAAAAUUCAAAAAACGCUUCAGAUUAACGCUGUUCAGAACUAUAUAAGAUCGUCCAAUACAUCCGUACAACACUACUGAAUAUCAAAUUAAGAUGAAUGAAAAAACAUCUUCAGCCAAAGAUGCAAAGGAAACUUUCCAAUGCCUGAUGGAGCUAUCAACUCUUCUUGGUGCAGAUUUAGAUCCUGAAGUGCUCUCUAUUUGUGUCAGACUUUGUGAAGCUGGGGUAAACCCAGAGUUAUUAGUUACUGUAUUGAAAGAUAUACUGAAGGAAGUACAAGUUGUUAGACAAGAAGAGUGAAACAAAAAAAAUACUUCUAGACAUAUGCAUUAUUCAAGAUACAAAAAUUUGUAGAAUUAUUUAUUCAUAUAAAAUAAAUUAGUAAAUUACAGCUCCUC